AUGACUUCAUCAAUUCCCCUUUACUUAAAGAUAAAGGGUUGUUCCAAUAACUCCAAUAAGAUUGAUGGAGAACAACAACCAGAAUUCAAACAAACUUCAUCAACAACCAUUGAGUUUAACGAAAAACCAUAUGAAUUCAACAAGAUCUAUUCAUCAGAAACCAAAGAAUAUCCAGAAUUAAUCCAGAAUAAGACAUCAUGUAUCAUUUUGUUAGGUCCUACUGACAGUGGAAAGACCACCAUGUUGAAAGAAUUAGUUUUCAAAAAAGUUAAAUCACUUCAAGGUCUGACUUUUAUUACAUCGUUUGAAGUCACCAAUAAUAAAUAUAUACUUGAUUUAUUAGAUGAAAACUCUCGCAAGAGAGUACCAUUGGCUAAUUUCGAAAGCCAUCUCAAGAGACAAAAAGUUAAUGAAACGACAAUUGAACUGAUUCUCAAGAAGAGAUUAACAAGAGCAACUGAUUCCAACCCAAACUCAUCCCGCUCUUGUCUUGUGGUCACAUUAUAUAACAUGGGUCAUCAUGUUACCAUGAUUGAUAUGAUGGGUAAUGAAAAGUCAACUGGUAUGUCUAAUGGAAGCAUCUUUGCCAAUACAAACAUAUCUUCAAUUACUCAAUUGUUGGCAAGUAAAACAUAUACAGUUAGAUCUUCCAAUUUUUUGACUAAUUUGAUAUUUAGAAAUAAGGAUUUACAAGUUGUUAUGCAUUUAGAUCCUUUUGGAGAUGUCUCAUUGAUUCGGUCUACUUUAGUUAAUGUUGCUGAUAUGUUGAAAUCAUUCAAAUUGACCACAUCGAAAUUUGUUUCUACUCAAUCUAAUAAUAAGGUUCCAAAUUAUGCUCGUCCUACUUUAUCUUCUAAAUUAAUUUCAACUUCCAAGAAGAUCGUUAGAACUUCCCCAGUGAAAGGGUCUAAAAUGGCAGUUUCAAGGACUGUUCAUAUGUUACCCUCAUCGCCAAUUAAACAAAUAAGAAGAGAGAUUAAGCCAUCUAUUGGAUCCACUUUUUUCAGAUCGGAAAAAUUAGAAGCAGAAAAUAUUAAAUUGAAUCUAGAGUUGGAAAAUUUGAAAAAUCUUGUUAAGGUUAAAGAAGAAGUUAAUUUGGAAUUAUCAGAAAAGAAUAAAACACAACAAGAGAAUCUUGUUGUUGAAUUAGAACAAAUCAAAAUAGAUUUUGCUCAACUUAAAACUGAUUAUGAUCUUACUAUAAACAAUAUUCAAACUUUGGAAACCUCUAAUAAAGAAUUAAUUGUCCAAGCUGAUCAAUUACAAAAUGAAUUCUCAUACAAGGAAAAGCAAUUAAAAGGACAGUUGGAAGAUAAAUCCAAAGACAUCGAAUCUCUUACAUCUGAUAUUCAAAAUCUUAAACAGCAAGCUGGUGGCUAUGAGUUAGAAUUACAAGAAACCAAAACAAAAUAUGAACAACUUAGGGUAUCCAAGGAAGAAGAACAAUCCAAACUCAAUGAAUUGGUCGAUUCAAAAGAUAAAGAGAUUGAUAAUACCUCAAAAUUACUCAAAGAAGCUACCGACAAAGUUCUGAAAUUAGAAGAAAAGAUCCAUGCUCAACAAUUAGAAAUUUCUUCCUUGACGUAUGAGAUUAUUGAUAUCAAGGAUAAUCACCGAGCUGCAAUUAAACAAGUGGAAGAAUCUCACAAGAGAGAGAUUGAAAACUUAAGCAACUCUCACAAAACUGAAAUUGAGGGUCUCGAGAAUGAUUAUCAAUCUGAAACCAAGAAAUCGGAAAACAUUAGCAAUGAAUUAAUCAAUAAUAUGGCUGAAUUGGUUCUAUUAAAAGGACAGCUUAAAGAUCAAUACGAUCUUCAUCAAGAGGUUGUAAGUAGUAAAGAAACGGAAAUUUCUCACUUAAAGGGCCGAUUGAGUGAUGAACAACAAAAGUCAACUAAAUUGGAAGAAGCAUUAAAUGAAAAUGCAACAACUAUCAAAGCUUUGGAAAAUCUGUUGCAGUCAUCAAGGGACGCAAACAGAACCGCUUCAGAGUUAGAAGAAGAACUUGAUCGUAUUAGAAAAGAAAACGCCAAUUCUAAAGCUGCACUUCAAGAAGCAAGAGAAUUCAAAGAGAAAUCAAUUGAGAAAUUCAAAUAUCUUAACGCUCGUCUAGAAGAGAAAUCUAAAUCGUUAGAGACCUUGAUGAAGGACCAACAAGAAAUGAAAACUAAGAUUACUGCCGAUCUUGACAAAUCAGCCGAGAAAGUCAGUCAAUUAACCCAGCAAUUACAAGAAGCCCAAGAGACAAUACAAAAGUUGAAGAAUAAUGAUUCUGCUGAGCAAAUUGCUGAACUUCGUAGGAAAUCACAUGAAGUUGUUGAGAAAUUCAAAGCAAAGGUUCAAAGGAGAGAUGAUGAGAUUACGAAAUUGACUGAGCAAUUAAAAAAUCAAUCAAAAUCCAGUUCUAUCCUGACCAAUAUGCCAGAACUUUCCCCAAGCAGAACUACUCUGUUUAGCCCACAUCAAAUCUAUCAAGACAAGGUCGUUUUGUCAAAGCCAAGUACAGAAAAAUUAAAUGGGUCUCCUAAAGAGAAAGAAAAGAAAGUAUUAAAGCCUAGCUCGAAGUUAAAUAGUUCUCCUAUAAAGGGUUCAGGUAAACAUGAUUCCUCCCCAUUAAAGAUUUUAAAAAGAAAGUCCUCAAUGAUGAAUAGCCCCAAGCUCAAGAAAAGAUCUACACCACCAACGUAA